CUCCUCCCGAGCCCGUGCCCGUUCCGUGUGUGUGUGUGUGUGUGUGUGUGUGAGAGAGAGAGAGAGAGAGAGAGAGAGCAAGUCCGUCUGUGUGCAUGGCUGUGUGAUUGAGUGUCUUGCUUCGUUCGUUCGUUCUUUCGUUCGUCCAUCUGGUUGUCUGGCUCUCUCUCGAGCAGGCUCACAGAGUGUGAGUCUCUGCUGCUGCUGGUGCCUUGCUCUGUUGUUGCGUUGCUUUGGCUCGCUGGCCAUGAAGCCCCACUUCGGCUCCUGUCUUUUAGGCUUUGUGUUUCUGUUGCAUGAAGUCGGUCUUGUGGGUGUGCGCAUUAAGUAAACGGGGUAGCGAGAGAGAGAGAGAGAGGGGUCAGAGAGCCAGGGAGAGAGAGCGAGAGAGUCAGAGAGGGGUCGCUAGGUGUUGGGAGGAGAACAAGAGGUUUUGUGGUUUGGUGGCUUAGUGAGUUAUUAUCGUCGCUCGCCCAGCGGGGGUGUCGAUGGCAGAAUUUUUUGCGGAGGUGGAAGCGGCAACAGGGGUGCGCAUGCCCUGGAAUGCGUGGCCCAACACCCAGAUCGAAGCAGCCAAGUGCGCUGUGCCCUUUGCGGCCGUCGUGACGCCAUUGCAUCAUGGAGGAGGCGCAGACAGCACUGCCCCACCGGUGAAUGUGCUACCCUACCCUCCGCUUCGAUGCAAAACAUGUCGAGCUGUUUUGAAUCCCUUUUGUCGUGUGGAUUUUGACGCCAAGAUCUGGAUCUGCCCCUUCUGCUACCAACGCUGCCACUUCCCCUCACACUAUGCCUCUAUCUCGCUCAACAAUCAGCCGGGCGAGCUCUACCCGCAAUGUGCCAGCGUCGAGUACAAGAUGGCCGGGGAGGCUGGAUUGCCGCCCGUGUUCCUGUUCCUGCUGGACACAUGCUUAAUCGAGGAGGAGCUGGGCUACUUGAAGGCGUCUCUCUCGCAGGCGCUUACGCUGGUACCGGAGAAUUCAUUGGUAGGGCUCAUUACGUUCGGGGCUCAGGUGCAUGUGCACGAGCUAGGGUUUUCGGAGUGCCCCAAGUCGUACAUAUUUCGAGGCGCUAAGGAUGUUACCAAGGAACAAAUCCUUGAGCAGCUUGGUCUAACUAAUCGUGCGGCAGGAGGGUUGCAACGGGGGGCACCUCCUCCGCCUGUGGGUGUGAUUGCCGGAAUAGGUGAAGGCAUCUCGGCUUCGAGUGUGAACAGGUUUUUGCUCCCGGCAUCUGACUGUGAAUUCACGUUGAAUACUCUGCUGGAUGAGCUCCAAAAGGAUGCGUGGCCUUUUCCGUCGGACCAAAGGGCUGCACGGUGCACGGGGACCGCGCUGACUGUGGCGACUGGACUUCUCGGUGCGUGUGUCCCAGGUACUGGGGCUCGAAUCAUGGCUUUUGUAGGAGGGCCGUGCACUGUGGGAUCGGGAACCAUUGUUUCCAAAGAACUUUCCGAUCCCAUUCGGUCGCACAAGGAUAUUGACAAGGACACUGUGCCAUUUUACCAUAAGGCUGUCAAAUUUUACGAGGGAUUAGCGAAGCAGCUGGUGACACAGGGGCACGUGCUGGAUGUUUUCGCAUCUGCUCUUGAUCAAGUUGGGGUAGCAGAGAUGAAAGUGGCUAUUGAGAAGACUGGCGGUUUAGUUGUCUUAUCUGAAAGUUUUGGCCAUCCUGUAUUCAAGGACUCCUUGAAACGGGUGUUUGAAACCGGGGAUCACGCACUUCAGUUGUCAUUCAAUGGCAUUUUUGAGGUUAGUUGCUCUAAGGAGAUCAAGGUCCAGGGGGUUAUUGGUCCUUGUGCAUCAUUGGAGAAGAAGGGAACGUCUUGUUCGGACACUGCGAUUGGUCAGGGGAACACCACAGCUUGGAAAUUGAGCGGCUUGGAUCGGAGUACAACGUUGGCUGUGUUUUAUGAUAUCAAUCCAUCGUCACAAUCUGGGCCCACUACAGCAAUCGGUCAGCAAUUUUUCCUUCAGUUUCUAACUUUUUAUCAGCACUACGAAGGAGAUAUGCGGCUCCGUGCCACUACUAUUACGAGGAAAUGGGUUGAAGCGGGUACUCCAGGUGGAGUGGAAGAGCUAGUUGGAAGCUUCGAUCAAGAAGCUGCUGCUGUGGUCAUGGCUCGACUGGCUUCUCACAAAAUGGAAACGGAAGAUGGGUUCGAUGCGACGCGGUGGCUUGACCGAUCUCUCAUUCGUUUAGCGUCGAAGUUCGGGGAUUACAGAAAAGACGACGCUCAUUCUUUCAACUUCGCUCCUAAUAUUGCGAUAUUUCCUCAGUUUAUGUUUAAUUUGCGACGGUCUCAAUUUGUACAAGUCUUCAACAACAGCCCCGAUGAAACGGCUUAUUUUCGAAUGGUUUUGCAUCGAGAAACUGUAACAAACUCUUUAGUCAUGAUCCAACCAUCUCUUCUAUCCUACUCGUUCAAUUCACCUCCAGAGCCUGCACUGCUGGAUGUGGCAUCCAUUGCUGCUGACCGGAUCCUCCUAUUAGAUGCAUACUUCAGUGUAGUUGUUUUUCACGGGAUGACAAUAGCGCAAUGGAGAAAUGCAGGCUACCACAAGCACGAAGAACAUACGGCAUUUGCCCAGCUGCUCCAAGCGCCGCAAGAUGAUGCACAAGCUAUCAUAAAGGAGCGGUUCCCUGUACCAAGGUUAGUUGUAUGUGACCAAUAUGGGUCGCAAGCUCGUUUCUUACUUGCGAAAUUGAAUCCUUCAGCUACAUAUAAUUCGGCCAAUGGACCUGCCCCUGGUGGCGACAUUAUUUUCACUGAUGAUGUUAGUUUGCAAGUGUUCAUGGAGCACUUGAAAAGGCUGGCUGUGCAAAACUAGUACCUAUACUACAUUCUUUUUCCUCCAUCAUCUAGUUGUGCUGUGGUGGACUCUACUUGAUCAAUAAAAUACGGCCCAUGUACCCUAUUAUUUUAGGGGCCGCAUCUGUGUCAGUUGCUCUACUCAA